CAAUGGUAGGGGGCUCGGGCGCGCGCGGGGAUUCCGGCUCAAUCAGAGCGGAGCCCGGGGAUGGUGUUGGCGGAGUCGGACCAGAGCCUCCGAAUAGUACUGCCCUGGGAUGGUGCUGCCCGAGUCGGAUCAGGAGCGGGGCUCGGCCCCGGUCUCUACCUCUACCCCCGCCCCACUACGCCGUGCACUUAGGGUCGGCUUCUACGAUAUCGAGGGAACGCUGGGAAAAGGCAAUUUCGCAGUGGUGAAGCUGGCGCGCCAUCGGGUGACCAGGAGCCGGGUGGCCAUCAAGAUCAUCGAUAAGAGGCGGCUGCAGCCGCGAGAGUUGCAGAGAGUUCACCGGGAGGUGCUCAUCAUGAAGUUUCUUAACCACCCACACAUAAUCAAACUCUACCAGGUGAUGGAGACCCGGGACAUGCUAUACAUAGUUACCGAGUUUGCCCAGAAUGGCGAGAUGUUUGAACACCUGUCGGAACGGGGGCCACUGAGCGAGCGCGAAGCUCAAGAAAAAUUUGGUCAACUGUUGUCGGCGGUGGAAUACUGCCACCAUCACCACAUCGUUCACCGUGACCUGAAGACUGAGAACAUGCUGCUUGAUGCUGACAUGAACAUUAAACUUGCAGACUUUGGUUUCGGGAACUUCUACAGGCAUGGUGAAAUGUUGUCCACCUGGUGUGGUUCGCCUCCCUAUGCUGCGCCCGAGGUCUUCGAAGGCAGGGACUACGAGGGCCCCCACCUUGAUGUCUGGAGUCUAGGAGUGGUGCUGUAUGUCCUCGUCUGUGGGAGCCUCCCGUUCGACGGGCCGACACUGCCAAUCCUGAGGCAGAGGGUGAUCGAGGGCCACUUCCGUGUCCCCUUCUUUCUUUCCGAAGACUGUGAAGAUUUAAUCCGGAGGAUGUUGACUGUGGACCCUCUGAAACGAAUCACUAUCCCAGAGAUCAAACUCCACUGCUGGCUGACGGGGCAGGCUGUCCCUCACCACCCACCCGCUCCUCCCAUCCAUGGUGAAACGGUGAACGUGUGCAGUUAUAAUUACCAGGUGCUGAGUCUGAUGCAGACUCUGGGCAUAGACUGGCACAAGACCAUUGAGUCCCUACAGAACAACAGCUACAACCACUUUGCAGCCAUCUACUACCUCCUGCUGGAAAGGAUUAAGGAGCACAGACAAACACAGGCAGGGAACUGGCCACCUUCGGCUCUGUGCCCACAUCCCCAAGCACAUGGAGGACAUUCCCAGACAACGGCCUUGUCUGCUGCUGCAGAACACUCGGCGAUGCGCAGGGAUCGAUCCAUGUCUCCCGGAAUGGAAUGCCCAGAGCUCAGGGAUCUAUCCGUGUCUCCCGGAAUGGAAUGCUCAGAGCUCAGGGAUCAAUCCGUAUCUCCCGGAAUGGAAUUCACGGAGCUCAGGGAUCAAUCCGUAUCUCCCGGAAUGGAAUGCACAGAGCUCAGGGAUCGAUCUGUGUCUCCCGGAAUGGAAUUCACGGAGCUCAGGGAUCAAUCCGUAUCUCCCGGAAUGGAAUGCACAGAGCUCAGGGAUCGAUCUGUGUCUCCCGGAAUGGAAUUCACGGAGCUCAGGGAUCGAUCCGUGUCUCCCGGAAUGGAAUGCACAGAGCUCAGGGAUCAAUCCGUAUCUCCCGGAAUGGAAUGCACAGAGCUCAGGGAUCGAUCUGUGUCUCCUGGAAUGGAAUGCUCGGAGUUUAGGGAUCAAUCCGUAUCUCCCGGAAUGGAACGCUCGGAGCUCAGGGAUCGAUCUGCAUCUCCCAGUGGAGUGGGAGUGUCUGUCACUCAGGAAAGGGGGCUGCAGCUCAAGGACAACAGCACAGGGUCAGUGAUGAGAGCACGGAGUACUGGCUGCUGGCGACACACUGCAGCUGAAGGGUUGUUCACCCCUGGACAGCAGAGUCCACUCCUGGGCCAAAGCUUCCACGUUUUCCGUGCCAACGCUUCCGGGCGAGAGCAGGCCUCAAACUGUGGCAGAGCGGGGAGCUCCCCCGGCAACUCUGCCCUCCUCCCUACCGCCUUGCCCCAUGGGAUCGGCCUGCACACCUGCUGCCUGAGUGGAGGCUCAGCCAGACUCUGGGAUCCCACGAAGGACCCCUCCAGUCACACCACGUACAUUGGCAGCACCGGGAGCUGCAAUUGGCGUUCCUCGGAGAACAGGAAGCCCCGCCACUUGCACCCCCCUGUGCAGUUGGGGCUCCUGUAUUGCAGAACUCAGUGGGGUCUGUUCUGCAGUCGGCUGCAGUCAGCCUCCCACAGGCUGUCCCAUCUCCCCUCAGCUGUUCUCUGGUCGCUUUCCAUGUCCCCUCGCUGCUCUCUGAGCUUCUCCAACGGCAACAGAGGCUGCAAGCAGACUGUGAAGUGGAGGAGCUUGCCGCACCAUGCCUCAGCAAGGUCGUAUUGGUGAACUAAAUGUUUUCAGCUCAGUGACAUCUGCCCCCAGUAAUCUCAAGCAUUAAUACCAGCCGGUGCACAGUAUUUGUGGAAGUUCUCUCACCAAAGAGCUCACUACCCUUUGCAAACUAUGGAUUUAAGCUUUAGGCAUUGAACUCCGCUUCACCGAAGGAACUUGCAGCCUCCUGAAUGUACUUGUAUGGAAACCUGUUGGACAACAGGCAAUGAGAUGGGGUUGAUGCUCAGACUCGCUAACCCACAGUCCGUGCCGAUCCACAGCUCUGCUCCAGUGGAAGUCUGAUCUGUGGAACCAGCUUACGGAGCCAGAGUUGCUGCUAAAUUCCAGGGACAGUUUGCGGAGAGGUCCUCACCUCUGACCUCUCCUUCCCUCUGCAAUAUGACUCAGGGAACCCAGGAUUCCUUUAGUUCUCAGUCUGAAACUCCUGUAAUUGCUGUUGCUGGAUCGAAAAGGCAGUGGAAUUGGCGGGAAACAGACCCCCGCUGCUGCUGCUGUUAACGUUUGGGUUGGAUCAGUGAUCCUCUCACUGAGAGACAUGCAAUAACCUCUUUCAAUUUGUAUCCAAUGUUAAAUGGAAAUGAUCGACUUUCUCAAAUAUAAGAGAAGGCGCUGUAUUUGUAUAAAAUGCUCUUUGUGAUUUUUAAUACUGUUGCUGUUCUCAGAGGGUGGACUGGCAGGGAAAAGCACAAAACACUCUGUCAGUGCAGAGGGACAGAACUGGUACAUGGGGCAGGGGGGAAGGGUUUGGGCAGAGGGAGGCAGGAUGGGAUGUUCAGAGAGUGGUUGCUGGUACAGUUUCCACAAAGGGUCCUGGGUGUGGUCAGUGCCAAUGGUUAAUGAAAACCCUUCCCAUCCAUCAGCUAUUGGUGAGUCCUAUCUAUCAGACAGUGCACUGAGUUAAUAAAUACACCUGUAUUCUCCAGUAUUCUGGGAUUUCUGACAGAACAUGAGAAAGUACAGAGAAAGGUUUCCCUGCUGUUAUUACCUACGGUGAAUGUGAAGCGAUCAGUUACUGUAAGACCGUAAGACAUAGGAGCUGGAUUCCAUUUCUCAUAAUCUUUGACUCCCUGACUUUUGAUAAAGCUUUUGAUAAAGUCCCACAUAGAUUAGUGGGCAAAAUUAGGGCACAUGGUAUUGGGGGCAGAGUACUGACAUGGAUUGAAAAUUGGCUGGCUGACAGGAAACAAAGAGUAGUGAUUAACAAGUCCCUUUCGGAAUGGCAGGCUGUGACCAGUGGGGUACGGCAAGGUUCGGUGCUGGGACCGCAGCUGUUUACAAUAUACGUUAAUGAUUUAGAUGAAGGGAUUAAAAGUAACAUUAGCAAAUUUGCUGAUGACACAAAGCUGGGUGGCAGUGUGAAAUGCCAGGAAGAUGGUAUGAGAAUGCAGGGUGACUGGGCAAACGUAUAGCAGAUGCAGUUUAAUGUGGAUAAAUGUGAGGUUAUCCACUUUGAUGGCAAGAACAGGAAGGCAGAUUACUAUCUAAAUGGAGUCAAUUUAGGAAAAGGAGAAGUAUGACAAGAUCUAGGUGUUCUUGUACAUCAGUCAAUGAAAGCAAGCAUGCAGGUACAGCAGGCUAAUGGCAUGCUGGCUUUUAUAACAAGAGGAAUUGAGUAUAGGAGUAAAGAGGUCCUUCUGCAGCUGUACAGGGCCCUGGUGAGACCCCACCUGGAGUAUUGUGUGCAGUUUUGGUCUCCAAAUUUGAGGAAGGACAUUCUUGCUAUUGAGGGAGUGCAGCAUAGGUUCACAAGGUUGUUUCCAGGAAUGGCGGGACUGUCAUAUGUUGAAAUAUUGGAGCGACUGGGCUUGUAUACACUGGAAUUUAGAAGGAUGAAAGGGGAUCUGAUUGAGACCUAUAAGAUUAUUAAGGGAUUGGACACGCUGGAGGCAGGAAGCAUGUUCACGCUGAUGGGUGAGUCCAGAACUAGAGGCCACAGUUUAAGAAUAAGGGGUAGGCCAUUUAGAACAGAGAUGUGAAAAAACUUUUUCAUCCAGAGAGUGGUGGAUAUGUGGAAUGCUCUGCCCCAGAAAGCAGUGGAGGCCAAGUCUCUGGAUGCAUUCAAGAGAGAGUUAGAUAGAGCUCUUAUAGAUAGUGGGGUCAAGGGAUAUGGGGAGAGGGCAGGAACGGGGUACUGAUUGUGUAUGAUCAGCCAUGAUCACAGUGAAUGGCGGUGCUGGCUAGAAGGGCCGAAUGGCCUACUCCUGCACCUACUGUCUAUUGACUAAUCAAAAACAUACUAGCCUCAGCUUUAAAUGCAUCCAAUGACUUGGCUUCCACAGCUAUCCAUGCCAAUGAAUUCCACAGAUACACCAUCAUUUGGCUAAAGAUAUUCCUCCUCAUCUCUGUUCUAAACGGAUCUUCCUCAUUCGGAAGUUGUGCCCUCUGGUUGUAGACUCAGCCACUAUAGGAAAUAUUCUCUCCACAUCUAUUCUUUCUAGACCUUUCAAUAUUCAUCAGGCUUCAAUGAAAUCCCCCCGCUCAUCUAAACUCAAGCAAGUACAGGCCCAGAGCCAUCAAACACCCUUCAUACUUUAAACUGGGAAGAGAGCAGGGAACAGUGGGGGGGGGGGG